GUGAAAAGCCACUUGUGUACAGACUUAUAGGCAGCAACCCACUCUCAUUCAGAGGUCUUCUGGCUCUGGAAACAUCUCUAGCUCAGCCUUCUCCACCAUGAGCCUCAGACUUGAUACCAUCCCUUCUUGUAAGAGUGCCAGGCCAUUUUAUGCCCUGCGGCUGCUGCUGCUUCUGUCACUGCUGCUGACUACUCUGGCUUCCUCCAGCAAUGGACAAACUAAGAGAAAUUUAGAGAAAAGCAAAGAGGAAAGUGGAGAUAUUGACUCAUAUGCUGAACUGCGCUGCAUGUGUAUGAAGACAACCUCUGGAAUACAUCCCAGAAACAUCCAAAGUUUGGAAGUGAUUGGGAAAGGAAUCCAUUGCAACAAAGUGGAAGUGAUAGCCACACUGAAGGACGGGAGGAAAAUCUGCCUGGACCCAGAUGCUCCCAGAAUCAAGAAAAUUGUACAGAAAAAAUUGGAAGGUGAUGAAUCCACUGACUAAUCUGUUCCGUUUGUGCCAAACUUCUUUAACUCCCAGGAAUUUUUGAUUUAAUUCAAAAUUCAAGGUUUUUGAAGCCUUGAUUUUCUAGAGUUGUCAUUUAAUCAGAAUACCUACUCUUACUGUAUUAAAAGGUGGAUAUGUUUUUCAUUCUGUCUCAAAAAUCACAUUUUAUUCUGAGAUGGCUGAUUAAAAGAUGGCAGAAACAAGAUGAAAAUAAAUAAGCCUGGUUUCAACUCUGUAAUUCUUGGUUAAA